CGUCAAGUAUUGUAUCAGUGUUUACUGUAGUCGGAUAUAUCAGAAAUACUUGAUAUCUCAUAUUUAUAUGUUUUAAUAGUGCUUAGUGACAAACGUUAUUUUAACAUAUUGCAGUUUUAUAACAAGUUCAGAAUUAAACUCAGAAUCUGAUGUUGACGCCCCUUUUUUGAAAAACUAAAUUUAAUAGAAAACAGAUAAGAAAACAUGAAGAAAUCACUUGUGUUAUGCAUUGCCUUGACCGCUUUGGUAGUUCUUACAGAAUCAAAAGUUAUAAGCAAAGAAAGUAUAAAGAAUCCUUGUCUUCAUAAGUGCAAUGAUGAAGUAGCAAGAAGAAAAAGACACUUGCCAGACAUUUUAAACACUGCGUCAAAUAUAGUUGACAAUACUUUGCAAAGAACCUUCGGUUUCAUCACACAGUUGCGUGCGCAGAGACUUAACGCCCAAAGGCCUCAAAUUGUGAACAUUGGCAACGGUAGAAAUAACGUCAACCAUGUCUAUAUGAAUGGCGGAGGCCGCCCCAAUCGGUGGUGGAACUACUAAUACGAAGUCAUACAAUUUACGUUCUUUUACCUUAAAUAAAAUAUUGUGUUAACAUUUAGUAAGUCUACAAAUAAAAUUACUUUCGUUAUUUAUUUAUUUAGCU